GGCAUCCCGAUUUCCCGCCGCCGACUUCAAGUCUGAUGGCAGUGCAAAUGAACUAGCAGGGACGAUGAGGACAACCCAAUCCCAUUCUUCCCUCCCGUCGUUUCCCGCCUCCUCGACUAUAGAGUUCUACGAAGACGAUCUCUCUUCUUUCAUUGAUCUUGACGAUAAUGGCAUCCCCAUCUGGUCAGAUGAAGAAAGCCGCGGCGAAGAAGUUGAACAGGGAAUGAGCUUACCAGUUGGUGAUGUUUGCUCGACGACAAGCGAGUUCGCAGAACGGGGAGAGGAUGAAGGCGGCGAGGUCCGGCAGAACGGGGAGAAGGAGAAGAAGAUUCUCGUCCAGCGGGAUCUCUUCCAAGUUUGGGGGAUCAAUAAUCCAUCGAAAAGGGCAGGGAUCAGUGUUCAUUCGACACCGAAGAAGAGGAGCCGGAGUGUCAUUGGGGAUUUUGCGUCUGGUAGGGCUUCGAUUAGAGAAAGGAAGGGCGAGAGUAAUGGGUGUAAUCGAGCACGUUCAUGCCCAUUCUAUAAGAAGAUUCCAGGCACAUCUAUUACAGUAGAUGCCUUUCGUUAUGGUGCAAUUGAUGGAUGUUCAGCUUAUUUUUUGAGCCAUUUUCAUUCUGAUCACUAUGGGGGCUUGAACAAAAGAUGGUCGCACGGAAAUAUUUACUGCACUAACCUUACAGCUCGCUUACUGAAAAGCUGUCUUUCAGUAAAUCCACAAUAUGUUUUCUCACUAGAACUUAAUGCUGAGCAUGUUAUUGAAGAUAUUAAAGUGACUUUGCUAGAAGCUAAUCAUUGUCCUGGUGCGGCUCUGAUUUUUUUUCGCUUGAAGGAUGGAAAGUGCUAUCUACACACCGGAGAUUUCAGGGCAUCAAAAUCCAUGCAACUGUAUCCUUUGUUGGCUAAUAAUCACAUUAAUUUGCUUUAUUUGGAUACAACAUAUUGCAACCCUAGAUAUUGCUUUCCAGCUAAAGAUGAUGUUCUAGCUUUUGUUGUGAGGACAACUGUUAAAUUUUUAUCUAAGCACCCAAAAACUCUGAUCGUUGUUGGAGCUUACAGCAUUGGGAAGGAGCCAGUUUAUCUUGCAAUUUCGCAGGCUUUAGGGGUUCCAAUUUAUACAAACCCUUCCAGAAGAAAGAUCUUGCAAUCAUUUGGUUGGCCUGAACUUUCCGGAAAGCUUUGUUCAUGCACAGAGAGUUCUCCACUUCAUGUUUUACCUAUUUCUUGUCUACGCCAUGAGAACCUAAAAGACUACCUGAAAACCUGCAAGCAACAAUUCAAAACUGUUUUGGCAUUUCGUCCCACAGGCUGGACGUACUCUGAGAGGACUGCAAGCCAUCUGGAUCUAAUCAUACCAGCCAUGAAAGGUGAUGUCACCAUAUAUGGGGUUCCCUAUAGCGAGCACUCAAGUUUUACGGAACUUAGAGAAUUUGUGAAGUUUUUGAAACCUGAGAAAAUCAUUCCAACGGUUAAUGUUGGCAAUUAUGCUAAUCGUGCGAAGAUGCAGUCUUACUUCAAGGAAUGGUUAGAAGUUUAAUGUUUUCAAUUAAACGUCCAAAUAUAGCUGAAGUUGAUUGGUAAGUGGAAUAGAGAAAUUAUUGUUAUCAGGAUAGUGUUUUGAAUAUAGCAUAUUUGUAAUUUGCUCUUGAUUGAUUCCAUCUGUUCAAUUUGGUACUCUAUGAUUGAUGCUUAAAUGAUUUUAUUUCAAAAAAAUUUGA